UAUCAACCAAGAAGUAAAAGGUCUCUGUAUAAGAGACUACAAACUACUGCCGUUCAUCCUCAACUCCAAUACAGUGCAAAUUUCAGCCAAACCUUAACCAGAUUGACAACCACAAAGCUGAGAUGGGGAUGGUUGGAUGAUAUUCACUUUGGCAUUUUACAGAUUUUACCAAUGACAUGAAUUCAACUCCAUUGAAGACUUCUUCAGCUCCCAAAUUGGCUUCGACUACAAUACCUACAGAUAAGGCUCUUCUUCUAUCAUUAAAUCAUGAAUUGAUCAUUUUGAGACUUAUGAUAACCUUUUUCAAUGAUUUAUACUAAUCAUUUAUUGUACUUGAAUUUAGAUUUACUUAUUUAUUUGGAAAGUAUAUAAGGAAAAACAAAAUCACCAUAAGAAAAUUUGAAAAUCUUGAAGAACAUCCAAAUGAGAACUAAAAUUAUUUCCCCUUAGUUUAAUGUGAUUUUUAGGAAGUGGGAUUUGGGGUUAUUUGGUGGAUUCAAAUUUGGAUUGGAAUUUAAUCUAGGAAUUUAAUUAGAUUAGAUUAAUUAUAAAAUACACUAAUCAAUUGUGCUACAUAAUAAAAUGAGAAAAUUAAUUAUAUUUUUAAACAUGGUCGUAAAAAUUUAAGGUAUUUUAGGGCCUAUAUUCUCCUAUGAGUGGAACGGUUACCUCGCGUGUUCCAACGAAAAAGUAAAAAUAAUAAAAACACAAUAUUUUUAUGUGAAAAACACCUGACUCAAAAGAUGUAAAACCAAUGACAUGUAUCUCUACAUGAUGUAACUUCAACUUCACUAAAUCACUGAGCCUUAACAAAACACAGAUUGCAAACUAUAUAACCUACGAAACUAACUCUAAUUCCUUAACCUCAAGUUAUGAAUUAAGAUUACAACUCUUUCAAUACUAGGAACUAAUUCUAAAUCCUAACCUUCAAGUUAUGGAUUUAGAUUACAACUAGUGUAAUAUUACGAACUAACUCUAAAUCCUAAACUUCAAAACGAACCUCCCAAGGCAUGUGUUCCUAAACUUUAAACGUGCGUAAUUAUGCUUUUUAUCUGAUUGCUCAAAAAAAUAUCACAUGUGUAAUCAUGUUUUUUAUCCGAGGAACUAAGAGUUAAACAGAGUUAAAUACAGAGAUCGCUCACGCGAUUCCAUGAUUCCACCUUUUAAGUAUUUGAUUUAACUUGGACGUUAAGUGAUAAUUUGAAAAAUAAAUGCUAAAACUAAUAAUUGUGGUAUUAAUUACAUUAUUGUUUUUAAUCCAACACAUAGUGUAUAAGUUUAUCUCUUAUUGCUCGUAGCAGACAUCCUCGUUUGUUGGAGAACAAACUAUCCUAGGAUAAGUUAUCUUAGAAUAAGUUAAUCCAUAUAUGAGAUAAUUUGUUUUAUCAUUAUGAUAUAAAUGACAAAAUAAAUAGUUUAAGGUAUCUAAUGUAUCCAAGUAUAUGCAAGAUAAAAUAAUUUCGCAUUUUGUACCAUCAACGCCAAAGCUCCACUUUUGCCCUUCCUAAAUAAAUUAAAUUAGAAAAAAAUACAUAAUUACACAACUUAAAUAACAUAAUUUUAGAAAAGAUUUGCUUUUAAAUUAAUUAUAAAAAGUUUCUUUCUCUUUUAAUAUUCGAAUACAUUACUUUAUGUGUACAUUAUAACGUUGUUAGUGUACAAUAUGUCUUAUGCAAAUUUUAUUGUUGAUAGAUAAUUCAAUUAUUUUGAACCUAAAUUUAUAUGAUUUUAAUUUAUGGUUAUGUAUCUUGAAAUAGUUGAAUUAUGUUUCAACAAUACCAUUUGCAGUGGAUACAUUGUAUACCACGAACAUUGUAAUGCAUGGUGAAGUUAUGUAUGGGAAUGUUAAAAGAGAAGAAAAAUAAAGUGACUUUUGUUAUUUAACUAGUGUAAUUUUCCUUAUUAUUUUUAAUUUAUUGAGGAAGGGGAAAUGUGGAGCUUUGAUGGAGUUGGCGGUUAGUGGUAUUAUAUAUAUAGAGAGAAUUCGAAGAGAGGCAGAGAAGUGUUUUAUCUUCCUUAAUUUUCUCUUUCCACCCAUUCAGAUCUGAGAGAGAGAAAUUGUAUUUUGAAGAAGAAAGAAAAAGAAAGGGUAAUUCAAUAGAAUUUUGGUUCCAAUGUCGGUGGUAUCGUCAUUAGCAAAGUAUAAGCUGGUGUUUUUGGGAGAUCAAUCUGUGGGCAAAACCAGUAUAAUUACUCGUUUUAUGUACGAUAAAUUUGACACCACUUAUCAGGCUACGAUUGGUAUUGAUUUUUUAUCAAAGACAAUGUACCUUGAAGAUCGAACAGUUCGCCUGCAGCUCUGGGAUACUGCUGGUCAAGAAAGAUUUAGAAGUCUUAUUCCAAGCUACAUUAGAGAUUCUUCUGUUGCUGUAAUUGUAUAUGAUGUUGCCAACCGCCAAUCAUUUCUGAACACUUCAAAAUGGAUCGAAGAAGUACGCACUGAACGAGGCAGUGAUGUCAUUAUUGUUCUUGUUGGGAACAAAACUGAUCUUGUUGAGAAAAGGCAAGUUUCCACAGAAGAGGGAGAUGCUAAAUCUCGUGAAUUUGGAGUUAUGUAUGUAGAAACCAGUGCUAAAGCUGGAUUCAAUAUCAAGCCUCUGUUCCGAAAGAUUGCUGCAGCCUUACCGGGGAUGGAAACACUUUCAUCCACAAAACAGGAAGAUAUGGUUGACGUUAAUUUGAAGCCUACAACAAAUACAUCCCAAUCAGAGCAGCAAGGUGGAGGUUGUGCAUGUUAGAUUUGUACUUUAAGAGGAAGAGUAAGACAGAAGUAGGAAACAUGCAAAGACACAGUUGCAUCCAGUUAUUUUAGGGUGUUCAGAAUAGCGAAUUUCUUAGUUUAUGAGGUUUGCAACAUGGAUUUUUCUUCAUGAUGUACAACACUUUGUUAGACUUUAUCAAGGAGGUAUCUGAUUAAAGGCUUCUACGAGAUGGUUCCUAACAAGUUCAGAAACCAUUUAUGCUUGAUCAAUCUCUUAGUUGAAUAUAUGAUGAGAUGACAUGCGUAUUUCACAUUCA